ACAACAUCACCACGCUUCUCACACGCCAUGCCACCAUUCGUCUCCUCUCUCACCCUCCGCACGCUGCGGACCAUCAUCCAGCGUCCCGCGUUCACUGCUAUCGCCGCCCCCAAGCCCUCAUACUCUAUCCCCCGGUUCCAGCCCGUCCUCCGCACACCCACGGCUGUCGCAGCCGCUACUACUCCUAGUCUUGCUAUCCGCCAGUUCUCGACUUCCCCGUUUCGCCAGGCUACCUACAACCAAGUUCGUCGCGGAUGCCGUGUUGCUCAGCGGGCUCGUCGUGCCCGGUCCCCUGCGCUGAAGGACAGGCCUGAGAUGAAGGGUGUGUGCUUGAAGACGGGUAUCACGAAGCCAAAGAAGCCCAACUCCGGUGAGAGGAAGACGGCAAGAGUGCGUUUGAGUAGUGGCAAGGUGGUUACGGCUUAUAUUCCUGGUGAAGGCCAUAACGUGCAGCAGCACAGUGUUGUUCUUGUUCGUGGUGGACGUGCUCAGGAUUGUCCUGGUGUGAAGUAUCAUUUGGUCCGUGGUGCUAUGGAUCUGGGUGGUGUUGCCAAUCGGUUGACCAGCAGAUCGAAAUAUGGAACUAAGAAGCCGAAGAGGGAUUAAUUGAUUGAGGCUGGAGAGAUACCCUGACUAGGCAGAUGGGCGAGAAGCCAAUGUUCGAAUGCUUGUAUUGUACUAUCUACUUGGUUUUGUCAAACUGACUGUUAUCGUCAUCAUUAUAAAAUA